CUCUUUUCCUUCUCCUCCAAGCUGCUAGCCAGAUCCACACCCAACAACUUGUGCAUCCUUAAUUCAUCCGGAGCUAUGGAAGCAGCUUUAGUAACUGCUGCGUCUCGCUUCAUGGUCCAGAAUGUGUCAGAUCUCCUCCAACUCGACGAGAAACUCAAGGCAAUAACUGCAAGUAACAAAACGAAGAUGAAGAAGCUCAAGGAGUUGUCCGCGAUCAUUGACGCGGUGAUCCAAGAUGUUGACUCCCGCCCUUUUAUUGAUGCUGCUGUGAAGAUCUUGCUGACGAAGCUCAAAUACUUGGCCUACGAUCUCGAGGAUGUUGUGGAUUACUAUGACACCACAGUCUUGCAGAAGAAGCAGAGAUCAAACAGUACUUCUUUAAGGCUGGUGCGUGAUUUCUUCUCUCCUAAUAAUCAAGUUGUUUUUAAGAGUAGGAUAGGUGGCAUGAUAAAAGCUAUAACAGAAAGUCUGGAUUCUAUUUUGCUGCAAAAGUCCGUUCUUCUCGAUUUGCCACAAAGCACGUCGGAACCACGUCUCUACAGAGAGACCCACUCCCGCAAUAGCUUUGUUGUUAUAGGGAGAGAACCAGAGAGGAAUAAGAUUGUCGACUUGUUAACAAAGGAUGAUGAUGAUGAAAGCAACCAUGGCACAGUGAAGGUCAUUGCCAUUGCUGGGAUGGGUGGCUUGGGGAAGACUACACUUGCUCAGCAUGUUUUCGAUGAUGAGAGGGUGAAAGCUCAGUUUGAAAAUUCAAGAAUGUGGACAGUUGUUGGGGCUGAAUUUGACCCUGCAAAGGUAAUGAAAUCUGUUUUAGAAGCAGCUACUGAUGCACCAGUCAACAUCUCACAAAUAGAUUCAGUGAGACAGAACAUAGAAAAAGCACUAUCUGGGAGGAAAUUUCUGCUCGUUCUUGAUGAUGUCUGGAAUGAAGAUCCAUUAAAGUGGGGCAUACUAAAAGCAGCCUUGACAUGUGGGGUGAGGGGAAGCAAAAUUUUGGUGACAACCCGUAACCAACAGGUGUCUAAAAUUAUGGGCUCAUCCAAUACCACCCACCAAUUACAACAGUUGUCCCAAGAUGAUUGUCUGUCCUUGUUUCAACAAUUUGCUUUUGGAGACGAAGCAGUGGAUCAAAAGCUGGUGAAAAUUGGUGAAAAGAUUGUUGAGAAAUGUGGCGGUGUGCCCUUGGCUGCCAUAUCUCUUGGUAACAUGCUCCGUGGCACUCGAGAUGAGACUUAUUGGUCCUCAGUAUUGAAGAGUGAAAUAUGGCAACUCCGAGAUGAGGAAGAUAAAGUGUUAGCUAUACUAAAGUUGAGCUAUGACGCUCUCCCCCCACGGUCAAAGAAGUGUUUUGCAUUUGCCUCCCUAUUCUCAAAAAAUUAUAAGAUGGCAAAGGAUGAACUCAUAAAACUAUGGAUAGCAAAUGAUUUUGUACGCUCGGACAAGAAUUUUGAUGCUGAAACAAUUGGCAACAACGUCUUUGAUGAACUUGUAAAUAAGUCGUUCUUUCUCUCAGCAUCUAUUAGGAAGCGUAAUUAUAGAGAUUUUUCCUGGGAACCUUCCAAUGAGCUUGAUUGUGAAGAUGCUUGCACAAUGCAUGAUUUGAUGCAUGAUCUGGCACGAUCAGUAUCUGCAAAUGCAUAUUGGAAUUCUGAUCAAGACUCGGUGGAAGAUGUUGGAAACAGAACAUAUCAUGUGCAAAUACAAGGAGGAGAGGAAUCAAGCAUGGCUCAGGUCUUAGGCAAGAGACCAUUGUACUUGCGCACCUUUAUGGCCCAAAAUCCAUCAUCAGGUUUGAGUAUCAAUCUGCUUGAAGUCUUCUCAGAACUGAAAUUUUUGCGGGUGUUAGAUUUAAGUUACAAUCACAUCAAAGAGGUGCCGACGUCAAUAGGAAAUCUGAUACUUUUGAGGUACCUCAACUUAUCUAACAAUAAUAUUGAAGUUCUACCCGACUCCAUAACCCUUCUCUCCAAUUUACAGUAUCUCAAUCUCAGUUUCAAUGAGGAAUUUCAAGAGCUACCAAAAAAGUUAGGGAAUAUUCAAAACCUUCGGGAUCUUGAUUUAACAUGUGGUUUUUUUGAAAGUGAUUUUAGAUUGACACACAUGCCUAGUGGAUUAUCUCGACUUACUAAUCUUCGAAGUUUAAGUCUCUUUGUUGCUGGGGACAGAAUUGGUGCAUGCUCAAUUAUAGAGCUUGAGGAUUUGAAGCUUCAAGGAGGAAUGACAAUUAAAUUUUCCAAAAAUUUUACAAAUUAUUCUUGUGGUGGAAGAAAAAUCUUGAAGAAUCAAGAUCUUAAUGCACUGUGGAUCGAGUUUAAUAAUUCAGACAGAUAUGACAAGGACAUGUUGGAUGAUCUUUGUCCCAACACGAGUUUAAAGCAGUUAACCAUAUCCAACUAUGGGAGUCCACAAUUUCCAACAUGGUUGAUGGAGUCACAAUUGCCAAAUUUGGUUGAAGUUAACCUUCAAAAAUGCUUCAGUUGUGAACAUAUUCCUCCGUUUGGAAAUCUGCAGUUUCUUAAGAAGCUUGACUUAAAGUUUAUCAGUGACAUCACACAUAUGGGUGCUGAGUUCCAUGGGUACGGAGGAUUUCCUUCCCUUCAAGAACUCUGCUUGUCUUCGAUGGAUAAUUUAGAGGAAUGGUCAGAGUCUCAUGGUGUCGAUGAGUUGUUCCCUAAACUGCAGCUGCUGCAGGUUUUCGAUUGUUUCAAAUUGAAAAGUAUGCCGAGACUUCCUACAAUCCAACACCUUGAUAUAUCAUACUGUAGUGGGAGCCUACUCUCAUGUAUUGGAAGGCUAACUUCUCUUUCUGUUCUCAGUGUGGAUGGUAUGAAUGACAUGACAUCUCUUCCAAGUGACUGCAUCAGAAACCUCACAUCUUUGAAGGAAUUAGAAAUUAUAAAUUGCAGGCAACUCCAGUCUCUUCCUGGGGAUGAAAUGCAGCACCUAGAAAUGCUUCGUUCGUUAACCAUUGACAAUUGUGAUAAUUUGGCAUCCUUCCCUUCAGAAGUGGGGCGUCUUAGUUCUCUUUGUUCUCUACAGCUCUCAAAUUGUCCAAUUAUAAUAUUGCAGCCACAAGAACUCAUACAAAUCUUGAAUUCAGUAGAUGAGUUCGAAAUAGAGAUUUGUAACAAGAAAGUCAAUUUACUUGGGCAACUGCAAUACUUGCACACUCUCAAAGACUUGUCUCUAUGCGGUGCACAUGAUCAUAGAUCAGAUAACUUUACUUUCAGAAUUCCAAAAUUAAGUAUUUGUUGUUGUGAUGAAUUGAAGUCGUUGAUGAUAGCAGAAGCAGCAAGUCAUACUGUGCUAGAAGGCAUAUGCAUAAAUGGAAUCUCCAAUCUCACGACCUUGCCUGACUGGCUGCCGCAUCUCAAGUCUCUUCGUUCACUAACAAUCGAGAAGUGCCCACGAUUAGAAAGGGUGCCAAGGGAUUUGAAGGAUCUGCCUAAGUUGAGUGAAUUGAUACUUAUCAAUUGCCCACGGCUGGAAGAAAGAUGCGAAAGGGAGACAGGCGAAGAUUGGCCUAUCAUCUCACAUCUGCUAACUAUUUUUAUAUAAGCUCCUCAACUUAGCCGAUCAUCUCACAUGUAUCACACAUUGAUAUUUUCAUAGGCUCCUUAAAAAAAACGUAGUACUACUGCCACGUUAGCAGCCCCCUCAUGAAUUUCCCACGCCAUUGAGAGGGAAUUCAACAGAAAUCCAAAUUGACAAGUGCAUGAGGUUGAAAUUCUCUGUUAAAUUUUGAUACCCUGACUACUACAGUCAUUAUCCGUGCACUUUACCAACUGAGCCCGCCUGAGACCUAUUUUAUAGGUUCCUCAGAUUCAGCCGAACAUUAUUCCAAAGCUGCUAUGGUAGAGGACAGGGUGCGUGGUUGACGUCUGAAUUUUUCUUCAUUCCGGCGCUUCCAUUAAUAAGGAUCAACGCCGUGCCGCAGCUGCAAGUAAGGAAUCAACGUUGAACACAGAAGCAUCCGAGCGUGCUGUGGCUGCGAUAGCAGAGCUUGGGGAGAGGGGAGGUGGACAGCUCGAUGUGCAGGAAGGGUACGCCUCACAGCUCCUUCCAAUGUCUUGCUUUCCGAGAGUGCUGUUAUCCUUGCUGUGGAGCAUAUGUUGUAAUUCGUGGUUCCAACUCCAUCAGUUCUCCAAGUAACAACACUUUGCGAUACACUCAUCCACAGAAGUUGAAUACUGAGCUAUAGCUGCCACAAUUACUCGGUUUGAUUCAAAACUUGCUAUAAGAGCUUCUCGCAUGCAUACAAAGCGAAUGAUGUCACCAAAGAAACUGUUAUGUGGUUUCACAGUGCAGGAGUAUCGAACGAUGCCACCAAAGAAGCAAAAUUUGUGUACUUCUUGAGCUGCUUUUCUAUUGUUCUCAAAGAAUAUCAACCAAACAUGGCGAGUUCAUUUGUUUCCCUCUCUUGACGUUGUCUUAGUCCAAUUUCUUUGUCUUGCAAUGUAUAGACUAUGAUAACAUCGAAACAAAA